AUGGAGAAAUUCAACCAAAUUAUAACAUGGAGCUCAGAGGAACUACUAGGUUUAGGUCAUGUUAAUAAGUUUUAUAGGUGUAGUUUUUGUAAAAGAGGUUUUUCAAAUGCACAAGCAUUAGGUGGACAUAUGAAUAUUCAUAGAAGAGAUAGAGCAAGGCUUAGAGAAUUUUCAAGUGAUCAAAAUUUGCUUUCUUUGGAUAUUAACAACUCCGUUUAUUCUCCUCCUCCUCGUCCUCCUCCUGGAAAUGAUGACUUGUUGCAACGAGAUAAUGAGGGAAUAAUUAGUAGCCCCUCGAAAAGGCCAUGUGUUAUGGUGAGUUGUGAUCAUAACCCUCCUCAUCGUCAUCCUCCUCAUCGUCAUCCUCCACAUGAUGUCUUGUUGCAACGAGAAGAAUCAUCAUAUGGUGAAACAACUAUAAGUAGCUCCUCGAAAAGGCCAUGUUUUACAUAUGAUCAAGAAGAGGAUCAUUAUGGUCAUAAUCUUUCUCUUGUAAAUGGUGAUUUGUUCCAACGAGAGGUAUCAUCAAACGAUGAGACAAUAAUUAGUAGCUCCUCGAAAAGGCUAUGUGUUACAUAUGAUGAAGAAAAUGAUCAUCUAAUUACAUCCAAGGUUAAUUAUUAUGAUCAUAAUGAAGAAGUGAUUAUUGGAGGUCAUUUGCAAUUACCUUUAUUUAAGGAGACUCCAUUAGUUAAAGAAGCAAGCAAUUGUAUGGAAAAUGGGAAAUUAGAAAACAAGGGCAUGGAGCAAAAUCAUGUUUCAAUAUUGGAUCUUGAGCUUCGGUUAGGGAUGGACUCGACAGACACAGAUCCACGAUUUGAACUUCAUAAGUUAUGAAUUUUAAGUUCAUGUGAUCU